UUAUAAAUGUGUUGUCAAGCCUGACUGCUUGAGUUCAGUCCCUGGAGUCUAUGUGGUGAGAGGAGACACCUCAGUCACUAAGUGAGUGCUAUCUUUGUGCCACCUUAAUAAUGUCAUCAAGUAAGUACCUCUUGAUUGAAUGCUGGAGCAAGGAGUCUUUGUGCCCUUCAGUCUUGUCGUAUAUGUCAUACCCCUUUGAAAUGUGCCAUUAAAGUGAGGAGAUUCAUAAUCUCCCACCAGAAUGGUGGGAUGCAAGAGAUCUCAAACUUUUACAAGGCAGAAUGGCCCAGGAGUCUCGCCCACCUGCACAUGACUCGGAAGGGCUGCAGUCUGUAUUCAUAUUUUUCUUCCAGUCAGUGUAAGUGGGAUUUGUUGCACUGUUGGGCCUGGCAUCUGCUCUUGGCUUUGCGUGGCCUUGGGUUGGAGGUUGCUGUUGUGGCUACAGCAUACAACUGAUUUCGAUGAAAAAAGGAACGUGGAGCUGAAGAUGGAUCAGGCUUUGCUGCUUAUCCACAAUGAACUGUUGGGAACAAGCCUGACUGUAUACUGGAAAUCUGAAUACUGUUACCAAUGCAUCUUCCAGCCGCUGGCGAAUGUCUCUCAUGGCGGAAAGCCUGCAAAGCCAAGCGUUGUGCCCAUCUCUGUGAGCACCCAGCAUGGGUCCAUCCUGCAGAUUAACUCUACCUUGGAAGAGAGAGCAGCUUGCAGGCUGGAAUACAAAUUUGGAGAAUUUGGAAACUAUUCCCUCUUGGUCCAGCAUGCUUCCAGCGGGGCCAAUGAAAUUGCCUGUGACUUAGUUGUUAAUGAGAAUCCAGUCGACAGUAACCUCCCUGUGAGCAUCGCAUUCCUUGUUGGUCUAGCCCUCAUCAUCGCAAUCUCCUUACUGAGACUCUUGCUGAGCUUGGAUGACGUCAAUAACUGGAUUUCUAAGACAAUAGCUUCUCGAGAAACUGACCGCCUCAUCAAUUCUGAGCUAGGAUCCCCCAGCAGAGCAGACCCUCUCAGCGCCGACUGCCAGCCAGAAACACGGCGAUCUUCUGCCUUGCCCUACCGUCUCCGAUGCGUGGACACAUUUAGGGGGCUGGCUCUCAUCCUCAUGGUCUUCGUUAAUUAUGGAGGAGGAAAGUAUUGGUACUUCAAACAUUCAAGUUGGAAUGGACUGACUGUGGCUGACCUCGUCUUCCCAUGGUUUGUAUUUAUUAUGGGAACUUCAAUUUUCCUGUCAAUGACUUCUCUCCUACAACGAGGAUGUUCAAAACUCAAACUGCUGGGAAAAAUUGCAUGGAGAAGUUUCCUGCUAAUCUGUAUAGGAAUUAUCAUAGUCAACCCCAAUUAUUGCCUUGGUCCAUUGUCUUGGGAUAAGGUGCGGAUCCCUGGUGUCCUGCAGCGGUUGGGAGUGACGUACUUUGUGGUUGCUGUGUUGGAGCUCUUCUUCUCGAAGCCUGUGCCUGACAGUUGUACCUUGGAGAGAAGCUGCUUCUCUCUCCGAGACAUCACUUCCAGCUGGCCCCAGUGGCUCAUCAUUCUGGUGCUGGAAAGCAUUUGGCUGGCUUUGACUUUCUUUCUGCCUGUCCCUGGGUGCCCUACCGGCUACCUUGGCCCUGGCGGGAUAGGGGACUUGGGGAAGUAUCCUCAUUGUACUGGAGGAGCAGCUGGCUACAUCGACCGCCUGCUUCUGGGAGACAGCCACCUGUACCAGCACCCAUCCCCCACCGUGCUGUAUCGCACAGAGGUGGCCUACGACCCAGAAGGAGUCUUAGGGACGAUCAACUCCAUUGUGAUGGCAUUUUUAGGAGUUCAGGCAGGAAAAAUACUGUUGUAUUACAAGGAUCACACGAAAUCCAUCCUGACUCGAUUUACCUCCUGGUGCUUUAUUCUUGGGCUUAUUUCUAUUGCUUUGACAAAAACAUCUGCAAAUGAAGGCUUUAUUCCAAUAAACAAGAAUCUCUGGUCCAUCUCGUAUGUCACCACGCUGAGCUGCUUCGCCUUCUUCAUCCUUCUCAUCCUCUACCCAGUGGUGGAUGUGAAGGGCCUGUGGACAGGAACCCCGUUCUUUUAUCCGGGGAUGAACUCCAUCCUGGUGUAUGUUGGCCAUGAGGUGUUUGAGGACUACUUCCCCUUCCAGUGGAAGCUGGCAGACGAGCAGUCACACAAAGAACACCUCAUUCAGAACAUAGUCGCUACCGCUCUCUGGGUGCUUAUCGCCUACGUUCUCUAUAAAAAGAAGGUGUUUUGGAAAAUCUGACAGCACCUGCUGAAGUACUUUGCCAGCGGAGUCCAGAGGGCCUGGAGAAGGAUGCAGCAGCCUCCCUCACAGAGGGGAGGUGUUUCUGGAUGCUGGGUCCAAGCUGAUUCGCUUAGACAUCAGAAAGUUGCCCGUAUAUUUUUUGACUUACAUAUUUACGCAUCUGAAAUGUUAUG